AUGCCGCGUCCCAGAAGGCCUGGUGCGCCAGAACCGAAGCGUCGAAGUCGCAAAGGAUGCUGGCCAUGCAAAGCCCGCAAGGUGAAGUGCGGUGAAGAGAAACCAGCGUGUCUCAAUUGUCAGCGACAAGGCGAAUCUUGUGAUUAUAGCGUCCGGCUCAAUUGGGGAGGAAGAACGAAGCGAGCAUCGAUCGACUCGCCAAACUCUCAAUCCAGUGGGUAUGGUGGUGUUGUAUUUGGUAUUUCCGACUCGUUCUCGAUCAACAACAUGAGUCCAGGUUCAGUUUCAACCCCCUCUUCGGUCCCAGCGCCCACUAGCAAUAAUUCUGGGGACGGUUUCAUCAAUUCUCAUCCGAUGGACUUGACCUCUCCGGGAGCCAUUUCCCCCACCACACCGGCGCCCGGAAUUUUCGAGUCCCCGAGGCCCGGAUCGGAGUCCGAAGGGGUCACUUCUCCGAACCAACUUGAUAUUCAAUUUGCUUCUGGUUGGGGAGAGCAUUCUUCCCAAUUGGGCACAUCAGCCGCCUCGGGGGUUUUGUCUCAAUAUCCAUUUGGACAGCAGAAUUUCGAUGGUUUGUCGUUUCCAGCAUCGGCAGAUCAUGGAUCUGGACUGAGAUCUCUCUCGGCGUUCGCUUUUCACACAAGCCCAGUCUCGCAGCCAGUUUCUUUCUUGCGCCACUCUGUGGAUGUGUCUAACCAUCAGCCUGAUACUUUUAUGUUCCACAAUCAUGAUCAAGAGAAACUUAUCCAAGGUGGCCAGGAGUCAAUCGAUGAACACGAUGCAAAUCUUACCGGCAAUAAACAUGGUGGCUCUUCACAUAGCCCGCGGGAAAACGGUGGACUGUCUUCUUUGCUAGUUGAUUCCCACAAAGUGGCAAUCGCAGGAAGCAAUGCGGCGUCAUCCCCAAGACUCGGUGAAGCUCCCAUGACAACGGGAUCGGCACACGACUAUCACGAUGAACUCGGUGGUGAUAAUCAGACGAUUGAAUCUGCCCACGCGAACGAGCAAGCAUCCCGCGAUACGACUAUGGCGCAGAACAAAUGGCAGACAUACCUCAAUAGCGUGACCGAUAACUAUGGCUUGGACUCCGGUCGUCCUGAUCAAGAUUUGAUGUUCAACAACGACCACGCAGCCAUCGAUAUCAACUACGCUUUAGAUUUGAUCAGCUCCAGGUGGCAGGACCAAGAAUUUAACAAAGCAUCACCACCCCAACCUACGGUCGAUUCGCAGACACAGUUCUGUAGUGGUUACUAUGCUUCGUCGGUGCCGAUCAACAUCCCGAGAUAUUUGUCUCCCCUUCCCUCCUCGUUGUUGGAGAACCCUAUCAACCUGAUGUAUUUCCAUCACUUCCUCAACCACACCGCGCGAAUGCUGGUUCCGCACAGCUGUGAUAACAAUCCCUUCAUAUCGGUUUUGCCUUCGACAUAUUCUGCCAGUCAUCGUGCCCGAUACCUCGGACAUCCAGAACCAGCUAACCGGAUUGCACACUGGGUCAGCAAAGUAUUCCCAACAUUGCGCGUGGCAUUGGAAUCUCCCAACGAGGAUAUAACCGAUAGUCAUUUAGCUGCUGCUAUCAUGCUUCUCUCACUGAAAAUUGUGUCUCCAGGCACAUUCGAGGUUCCCAUCACAUGGAAAAGUCAUCUCAAGCUUGCCCGUGACCUAUUCCUUGCACGAAGUGAGAGAAUGGCACAACCAGGAAACAGAAUUGGAGCAUUCUUCGCCCGUUGGCUAGGAUAUCUAGAUACCAUGGGAGCAUUAUCCUGUCGCCAAGCUGGUCCCCCAUUGAUGAUUUACAACUCAAUCUUGACAGCUUGCUCACCCGAUGACCAUGAUGAUUUCAGCGUUGACUGUUUCACUGGGUUCACACCUCGCACUGGAGUGUUCCUUAUCCGUCUCGCUCGUCUGGUCCAAGAAUGCGAUAAUCAACGCUUCAACGAAAUGGGGCACUUCCAGCAUGACUGGCAUGCAUCUGCUGACGUAGUGUUGGAAGCCCAAGCAGUCCUAGGCGAGAUCGACGGACUAAGUGAGCAUGCACACACAGACCUAGAUCACCAUCAUGGCAUUGAAUCAGCAGAUAUGAUGGCCAUCGAAGAAGCAUUCCGAUUCGCUGGGCUUUUGCACCUCCACCGGCGUGUCCUCGGGUCUCCACCAGAUUCCUUUCCGGUGAAAGAGGUUCUGCGUAAACUUAUCGAUGCUCUGUCGCGGAUGCGUCCCGGUGCUGCUACCGAAGUCUGUUCCUUGUUCCCGUUAUUUACUGCAGGCUGCGAAUCCCGAGAUGCGCCCCAGCGCUCAAAGCUCUUGGAUCGAUUCUUUGUCCUCGAGAGCUCGGGCAUGAAGCAGAUCCAAAAUGCACGUCAAUUGAUGCAACACUGUUGGGAGCGGAAACUGCCGUGGGUCGCCCUGGCUGGAGGGCAAUUUUUAGGCUAG